AUGGAUGGAUCAUGGGGAGCGAAAGAUGAAGUCAAAUGCAAAGUCUUGUUAUAUGCAAUUUCGGACAAGCAUGGCCAUGAACCUCAUUCUGCUGCCAUUUUUCUUCGCAAGGAUGGCUUUAGGCUCUCUUGUUCCAGAAGAAGCAAUCUCCGAGAAGGGAGUCUUCAAGGAACUCUACCGCCGGAGCUAGUUAGGUUGCCGUACCUUCAAAAGCUGAUCCUUGCACGCAACUACCUCAGCGGCACAAUCCCUCUAGAAUGGGGCUCUAUGAAACUUGUUACAAUCAACCUCCUUGCCAACCGUUUAACGGGUUCAAUCCCAGCAGAGCUGGCAAACAUAUCCACUCUCGAGAUUUUAAACAUUGGUUUCAAUCAAUUUUCGGGAAAUCUUCCUCCUGAGCUUGGGAAACUACCUCGGCUUCAAAGACUGCAUCUUGCGUCAAACAAUUUUACUGGGCAAAUACCUGCAACAUUCGCUGGGCUAACCAACUUGACUCACCUUCGACUCAGUGACAACAAAUUCUUUGGAAAGAUACCCGAUUUGAUUGGGAACUGGAAGAAUCUCCGCAAACUAGCAAUUGUGGGGAGUGGCUUGAGUGGGCCUAUUCCGGCUGGACUUUCUCUUUUAGUGAACUUAGUUGAUCUUUGUAUUUGGUUAUGCUUAAAAUUUUUCUGCAGGAGAAUUAGCAAUUUAAAUGGACCCCAUUCAAAUUUUCCACAACUUGAUAAUAUGACAAAUUUGGGAACAAUCAUAUUGAGGAGCUGCAACAUUGUUGGAUCUUUACGACUUGACUUUACCGAGAGCAUGUCUAAUUUGAUCGAGUUAGACCUUUCUUACAACAACUUCAGCAUCAGCAACUUGAAGCCUUCACUUGGUACACAAAAGAACGUGAAUUUAUUCGCAAAUCCUUUGGGAGGAAACAAGUCCGGACUCAUCCCAUGCUCCGGAAGGUGUCCUAAAACUUACUAUUCGUUCCGCAUAAAUUGCGGCGGAAAGGAAGUAUAUGUUGGAGGGAAAAAAUACGACGAAGACUCUAUCGAGGGACGAGCAUCUCAACUGUUCGUGAGUGAAACAUCAAACUGGGCAUUCAGUAACACUGGUCACUUCGUUGAUGACGAUCAACGUCCCAUAAAAUCUUACAUUGCGGAUAAUGAUAAUAAUAAUUCAGGACUACUCUUUAUGCCGAAUCCUGAACUUUACACAAAUGCACGCCUCUCCCCCGUUUCUCUGACUUACUAUGGUUUUUGUCUGGAGAAUGGUAACUACACAGUAAACCUUCAUUUUGCUGAGAUAAUGUUUACUGCUGAUAAAAGCUUCAGGAGCUUGGGAAGACGAGUAUUUGAUGUCUACAUUCAGGGAAAAUUGGUGCAGAAGGAUUUCAAUAUUGCAGAUGCAGCAGGAGCUGGUAAGGCAAUCACAAGAAAUCACACCGUUGUAGUUAACAAAAACGAUUUGGAGAUUCGCUUAUAUUGGGCUGGGAAAGGGACAACCAGUGUUCCUGAUAGAGGGGUAUAUGGCCCUCUCAUAUCAGCAAUUUCUGUGGAUGCAGAUUUUGCAAUCCCAUCGCAAAGUCGAGGUCGUCUACCUUUAGGCGUUGUUAUUGCAAUUGUGGUUGUGGGGACAAUUACGAUUGUCUUGGCUAUGCUUUGCUGGAUAUGCUUUUCAAAGGAAAAAAGUACACCUGAUCAAGAACUAGAAGUUUUGGACAUGCGAACUGGUUCCUUUACCUUGCGGGAAAUUAUGGCAGCCACAAACAACUUCGACGAUACCAAUAAGAUUGGAGAAGGAGGUUUUGGUCCUGUUUACAAGGGCUUCUUGUCAGAUGGAACCGUGAUAGCCGUCAAGCAGCUCUCUUCUAGAUCACGUCAAGGGAAUCGUGAGUUCUUAAAUGAGAUAGGGAUGAUUUCUGCUCUGCAGAACCCUCAUCUUGUUAAGCUUUAUGGAUGCUGUGUUGAGGGAAGUCAACUACUUCUGAUAUACGAGUACAUGGAAAACAAUAGCCUUGCCCGUGCUUUAUUUGGCCCAGAAAAUUGCUGGCUAAAGCUGGAUUGGUCCGCAAGAAAAAAUAUUUGCAUUGGUAUAGCCAAAGGUUUGGCUUUUCUGCAUGAAGAAUCAAGACUGAAAAUUAUUCAUAGAGACAUUAAGGCCACUAAUAUUCUACUUGAUAAAGAUCUUAAUCCCAAGAUUUCUGACUUCGGUUUGGCCAAGCUUUAUGAAGAGGACAACACACACAUUAGCACCAAAAUUGCUGGAACUCGUGGUUAUAUGGCCCCUGAAUACGUAAUGCAUGGAUAUUUGACCAAGAAAGCAGAUGUUUAUAGUUUUGGAAUUGUAGUUCUAGAAAUUAUCGGCGGCAAAACCAAUACCACUCAACUGUCAGAGGAAGAAUGUUUUUAUUUGCGCGAUUGGGUAACCUUCAUCUUAUGCUCCAUUACACUUUUUACUAGUGCUUCAAUUAAACUUUGACCCUGACAUCUAAGGCUGCCAUUUAUGUACUCUUGUUAUCAGGCACAUCAUUUGAAAGAAGGAGGUAAUCUGAUGGAUCUGGUGGAUCCAAGGUUGGGUGAGGACUUCAACAGAGAGGAAAUAAUGGUUGUGAUUGAUGUGGCUGUCCGGUGCACUGAAAACUCUCCAAGACUGCGGCCUACCAUGUCCAAAGUGCUUAACAUUCUUGAAGGCAGGCCUUUUGUUGAAGAGGUAGUCUCAGAUGAUGAAAGUGAGAUUAUGGAUGGUGACUUGAAAUUGGAUUGGACAAAGAAAGAAGAAGCUGAUAAAGAUGAAACCCAGGCAAUAAUUUCGCCAAGCCAUAGGUUUCAUACUACAUAUAAAUCUUCUUCUCAAACGAAGGGUGUGUUUGGAUUGACAUUGGGUAAAAAUGACUUUUAG